UCUAUUCAAACCCCUAUCACACGUAAGGAUCUUAGUCUUUAUCCCCCCUCCCCCCCCCCCUACUCAAAAAAAAAGAAAAACAAAGGCAAUUCCGUUAAAAACACGAGAUGACUAGCGUGGAAGCGCCGUUGAAGCUCUCGCGUGAGGAGGUUCAUGCCUACGUAGGGGCCUUCCUCCACGAUCUGCGCACCUCCAACAGCGUUCUCGCCGCGGCGAAGCGGCAAUGCGAGGAGCAUCCGGCAAAACGGACAGAGGACGAGCUUAUCGACCUUUACGAAGCGGUUCAGGCGGAAUUCUUCAUGAAUCUCCCCGCGUGCGCGAAAAGCGACGGUGGAAAAGAAAUUGAAGAACACAACGAUCCCGAAAAGGGCGCCGCGAUUGUGCGGGCAUUGCACACCGCCGUCGAGGAUUACCCUGAUGAUGAAACGGAGGCGCUCAUCACAAAGAUGUGCGUGGCGAUCGAAUCGCACAUUCGAUUUCUCGAGCACGCCACCUCCGCUCCCGGCGAUGCGCCUUCUUUUCCGACUUCCUCUUCUUCUCUUUCGUUUCCCCCCGCGUUCGCAGAGGCGGAGGGGAGUCGAACGAUGCAGGAAAAUAUCAACCGGAUGCUGGCGAAGAUGAACGCCGGGAUUCCACCCUCCGAGGAUGAUAUUCGCGAUGCCGCCGCGAUUUGGGCGCAGAUGGCUUCCUACAUGCAGUCCUCGAAUAACCCUCAUGGGAGCGGGCAGGUGCCUGGCAUGCAGUAAACAAGAAAAGCAAAGGGAAACAAAUCAAUAAAGCUUUAUCAAUAUCGAAGGGUCUUUCUCUUCAAUUGAUGCAUAGUGGUUUGACAACAUUAUAAAAAGUGAGUCGGACAAACGAAACUCAAGGAUGUGAUUCAUAAAAAAGAAAGGAGUGGAGUCAAAAAAGUCAUGUUACAUAUGAUAUGCAACAAUUAAGUGAUUUAAGGUGCUCUGUUUCAUAUUUAGACUUAUACGU